AUGACGUGCGGGAACACCGCCUACCGCCAUUUGCACGUCUUCGUCCGGGGCCGCUCCUCCGACCACAAGACCGAGCUGGUGUCGCAGGGCGUGGCGCUGAGCGGCUUCCGGCGGCCCUGCAAGGCGUACCAGGCCAACGGCAGCGUCGGCGGCGCGGCGGCGGCCAGUGCCGCGGUUUGCGAGGCGGGCGAGCUGGCGCUUGAGGUGCCCCCUGCGGACGCUCGCACGGUCCUGGAGCUGUCGCUGGACAAGGAGGGGCUGAUCGAGCCUCCAGCCAUCCAGCCCGCUCCGAGCCUGUCCUACGACCGCCGGGUCCUGCAGGCGACGCUCCAGCUGAGCCCUGGGGGGGCCAGCGCAGCGAGCAGGCCCCGGCACACGCGGAGCUCUUUCCAGACCAUCUCGGUGCGGUACACUUGCUUCAAGGACGGCGUCAGCGACAUCAUGCUGACGCUGCACGUGCUCGCGCACAAGCCCAUAGACCUUGCGUGGAGGAAGCGCUGUGUCGAGCCGAAGGCUCACGUGGGCAAGGCCCUCACAGCACCGCAGGCGUUCGCGAUCGUUAUGGUGGUCCUCGUGGCCAUUGGCUUCGCCAUGUGCCUCGUCUGCUUCUGCUGCAGCGAGGACGACGAUCCAGACGGCCCCUUUGGCGGCGCGGGCGGAAAGGUUGCCGUCGAAGGUCGGCAGCGCAAGCGGAAGUACGCCGACGAGGGCGACGAGGAGGCCCUCGAGGGCAUGGGUCCCGCGGCGGCCGCCAUCGGAGCGCGCGAGGGCGAGAUCACAUACCAUUGA